AUACUGGGAUUCAAAGCAGACGACGCUUACGCACGUUAUCGAAAUCCAACAAAAUGGUUACAAAGCGCGGUGAAGGGGUGGAUAGUUUUGCUGCUGGGGAGGGGGAGGUAAAGUGUGUGGUAGUUGGGGACGGAGGGGUGGGGAAAACCAGCAUGGUUCUCAGUUACAGUACUGGAAAGAUUCUGACGGAAUACCAACCCACCUGCUUCGACAGUUACACAGUGCCGGUACCAAAAGACGAAGGUGAGGUGUCCGUGAUGAUAAUGGAUACGGCAGGCCAGGAUACGUACGACCGAUUGAGGACAUUGUCGUACUACGACACAGAUAUAUUUCUUGUCUGUUUUGCUGUGGACGAUAAAGAUUCGCUGGACAACGUCCGUACCAAGUGGGUGCCGGAGAUACGGGAAUAUCGCCCAAAUACGCCCUUCAUCCUGGUCGGCACGCAGACGGAUCUGCGUGGGUCGGUCAUUGAUAUCACAGAUUCGUGCGUGUCAACACAACAGGGACGUAAGAUGGCCAAGCGUUUAGGUGCAAUAAAGUACAUGGAAUGUAGCUCGUUGGAUGGGGUAGGAUUACAAGAGAUUUUUAGAACGGCCAUCCGCUCGACCGCAGAUCCAGUUUUGAAAAAGAAAAGAAAAUGGAACAGUUUCAAAAGGCUGUUCCACAGGAAAAGUACUCUGGUAUAAUUACUCUCAGGCCACGAUCAGUGGUCAUAGUAACCAGGACUGAGUCUCAGUAGCCGAUUGCUGGAACUGUUGAUCGGGUCACGCGACAACGAGGCAACAUCACGGGCCCUGCGAUAGGGUAUCAUGACCCUCAAUAAGUUGACCGGAUACAGAAUUUAAAGAAUGACGAAAUGUUGGCAAACUUUUGUCAUGGCGCCUUCAAACAAUAAUGCGCACCUAGUGGGAUGAAGAGUGUGACGGUUUCAGAGCUAUGGAAUAAGACCCUAUUGUCCAUUUGAGAAUUAGUCAUCAAACACCAAGCGUUCUGGAGACGUAUACAAGGAAACACUUUCAUAGUCGUCACCAAAACCGGAACUCCAAUAUAUCAUGAAGUGGAUACAUACUUCAUCAGGCGAAGGUUAACGACAUGCUCUCAGUCACGUGAUCUGUGAUUGGUCAGUAACAAAUGGCCAAGUGUCCAGUCCACGUGGUUUGUGAAGAGCAAUGCACGUCACAACGAGAAGUUGUCAAUCCAAAAGUUUAUCUGUGAUUUUUGUUUGUAUUUUUACUCUAUGUUUAUUGUUAUUUAUUAAACUGUUGAUAGUUAAAGGUGGUUUUUUAUUCUUAAUUGAUAUACUUGUAAUUUUACGCCGUUCUAGUGAAAUGACCGUUGUUUAGCGACUAUUUCACAAGAUCUUAAAACUUCAGACGUGAACUGGUCAUCUUUCCUGUUAUUACCAUUGAUCUUUAAUAUUAAACCAACCAUAACAUUA